AUGCCACUAACGGAGAGCUUAGAAAUAGUUGAUAAUGCCAUAAAGCAAUUAGAACGGGUUCCUGGAGAAGUUGGAGUUUUGACCAAAUCAAAAUUAAAAAAUGUAUUGGAAAAAAACACAGGUUUUAAUACUGUAAUGUCAAUAAGAGACAUACUAUUAAACAAAACUCUAAAUAACAAAUAUUCAGAAAUUGAAUACACUCCAAAAGAAAUAAUGUGUAUGAAAUAUGCACUUGUCACGUCCGUUGAUGUGGAGAGGUCAUUCAGCCGUUACAAAGCAAUGUUAAGACCGAACCGCCGCCACUUUGCAUUUGAAAAUUUCAAGCUAUAUGUUGUUUCUAACUGUUUCCCACAUGAAGACUAUGAUGAAUCAGAAUAG